CUCUCUCUCACACAUUCAAUAAACUCAAAACACACCAACUGAAUUAGAUCAAUUAUCAUCAAAAUGCCCGACCUUCACACCCUCCCCCCCAACUCCCGCCCCCAGCACGCCAUCCGGAACAACGGCCCCCAUCACCUGGCAAUAGAGCGGUACCUUCUACGCGAACUCGCCGAAGGCUGGCCGUGCUACCGCGACGCCUGCGAAUGGGAGAACUUCCGGUCAAUCUUCCACCCUGAAGCGCACGUGUACACGACCUGGACGGGGCUCACGCACCACGAUGCUUUUAUCAGCGCCUCGCAGGCGGGGAUGGACAAGGGUGCAUUCAUCAUGCAUCGUGUGCACGGCAGCACCACAGAUAUCAACCCUGAAGGAACCCGCGCCGUUACCAAGAUGAAGGCCACUAUUACGCAGCGUUUCAGUGAGGUGAAGUGUGUAAGUGGGGGAACGUGUGAGGUGGACGCGGAGUCUGAUUGUCGGUUCAUUUUCUUUUGGGAGAAGGUUGGCUCUGAGUAUGGGGAUUUGGAGGGUCAGUGGAGGGCAAGGUUCGUGAGGCAUUGGUAUGAGAAGGACAAAUUGGUGCUUGUGACGCCGGAUCGCGUACCCGUGAUUGAUCAUGAGAGGUUGAAGGAGUAUCCGGUGGGGUAUCGCCAUUUGGCGUAUUUGCAGGAGGAGACAAUGGGGGUUAAGGUUCUUAUGGAUUUGCCGGGACAUAGGAGGGAGAAGGCGACGGGGAGUGUUAAUGGUGAGAAGCAUGAUUUUUAUAUACAUUGUACUGGAGUAGGAAGGCGAGAUGCCCAACAGUUCUCUUAA